AUGCCAAACUUCGAAGCCCACUCACUCACGCGAUCAACAUAUAGCUGGUUACCGCUCCUCUUCAUCCCAACCAACGCCUCCCCCCUCUUCAUCAUCUCCUUCGUCACCCUCACAUACAUCCUCCACCGACCAUGCAUCUACUGCUCCGCGCUGCUCCUCAUCCUCUUCAUCUCCUCCUGCCACUGGGCUGACCGCUGCUUCUUCGACUUCCGCGGCGACUGGUUCUCGCCGCGCUAUGCAACGUCAAACCCCUACGAUGCCGUCUCGGCCAAUACCUCUCUGGCCAGUUACGUGGUAGAGACCGUCAAUACGACCACCAAGGCGCUGGCGGGCGCGGCGGUUGAGGAGGCGCAGCGGCGACUUGCGCUCAACGGAUCAAGUGAACUGGGACAACAGGAGUGGACGGGUGUUGGACUCGAAUGGUUGCGGAGUUUGCUGGGACGACGGGAGUGGACUCUUCCCUGUGUAGAUGUCAAGGUUCGGCUUUGA